AUGGACACGCUGCACGUAAGCCACGCGCACAGCAAGGGCUCGAGCCGCAGCCAGUCGCCGUCGACGGCCGACCUGGCGCGCGACCCGGCGGUCGUCACCGAUGACGUCAUACGCUCCAGGGUCCAGUCCACCGCGCACCAUGUCGUCAGUGAGCCCUCGUCGAAUUCCUCGUCGCGCCACAGCGAACGGGGCGGCCACCACGUCAAAUCCCACUCCAGGGACCUGGGCAGCAGCCCGAUGGUCUCCAGCGCCGCCAACUCUUCUAGAGACUUGGAAGACUCGCCACAGAAGAAGAAUGUUUCUAACCUCUUACCGUCAGUUGACUACAGCGUGUACAGCCCUAACGUGUCAUACGCGUUGUCAUCGGCCGAUGAAUAUGGGUCACCGGCAUACAGAGCCCAAGAUGGGGACUACUCGAAUCAGGACGACUAUGAGAGCAGUGCAAACGCAACAUCAGCGAAAGCGUUGGCGGCCAUAGCGCACCUUAACAGCAAGGUCGAGCGCACCAAGGACCUGAUACGACUUGAGCAGACCAAUAGGGACGAGAACGUGAACGAGUACCUCAAGCUGGCCGCCAACGCGGACAAGCAACAGCUGCAGCGGAUCAAGGCGGUGUUCGAGAAGAAGAACCAGAAGAGCGCGCUGUGCAUCGCCCAGCUGCAGAAGAAGCUCGAGGGCUACAACAAGCGCAUUAGGAAUUGGGAGCAACAUGGAACAAGCGGACAAGCACAUAGACAACCACGGGAAGUGCUACGCGAUAUGGGACAAGGAUUAAAGAACGUGGGCGGCAACAUACGCGACGGCAUCACCGGCCUCGGUGGCAGCGUGAUGGCGGCGCCUCGCGAGUUCGCCCACCUCUUCUCGCGCUCCAACCGCUUCGGGUCGGCGGACAAUAUAGCCCAGCUCGCCGAGAACACGGGUCCUUCGAACGCGUCAUCCGAAGGCUCCCGCGCCUCCGAGGUGGGGGGGGAGGCGGCGGCGCCGCGCGGCUCCACCCUGCCCAGGGCUGCCACCUCGCCGGCGCCCAAGUUCUCGCCCGACGCCUCGCCCAGCUCUUCGAUCACCAGCGAGGGCGCGCCAUACCAAACGCAGGCGGCCUCCAACAACAUGUCCGAAGCGGCGUUCUCCAUAAAGCCGAUACUGAACGAGCUGCGAGAACGCAGGGAGGACUACGAGCGUCUCGCCGAAAAGAUUGACGCGUUGAAAAACCUUUCGCAAGAGGUGUCGUUCUUGUCGGCGGCACUCCAAGAAGAGCGUUUCAAAACGGAACGAUUGGAGGAGCAAAUCAAUGAUCUCACGGAAUUGCAUCAGAACGAGGUGGAAAAUUUGAAACAAGCACUAACCGACGUGGAAGAGAAAGUGCAAUAUCAAAGCGAAGAGAGAAUACGCGACAUACACGAGGCUCUCGAUCUUUGUCAAACAAAAAUCGGCAAGCUGGAGCAGUGGGCGGCGGGGGGAGGGGGCGGCGCCGGAGGUGGAGGGGGGGCGGGUGACGCCGGCGGGGCGGCCGCUCUGCCCCCCCGCCUCCUCCUCGUGAAGCUCCUCAACGUGGCGUUGACUCUACUACAGCUGGUGCUGCUGCUGGUCGCCACAGUCGCCGGGGUGACCAUGCCCUUCCUACGCACCAGGGUCCGAGUGUUGACAACGAGUUUAGCAGUGUUGGUUGGUGUGAUGGUGUUGAAACAGUGGCCCGAAGUAACGCAGCUCUCGGACCAUUUGGUUUGGCGGCUCAAAGAGUACCUUCUCGAGAAGCACCACGACAGGUAUGAAUGCAAGUCGUUGUGUGGU